AUGCGACCUGAAAUCGAACAGGAACUCGCACACACCUUGCUGGUGGAGCUUUUGGCUUACCAGUUUGCAUCCCCAGUGCGGUGGAUUGAAACUCAAGAUGUGAUUCUUGCAGAGAAGAGAACAGAGCGGAUUGUGGAAAUCGGUCCUGCUGAUACCUUGGGUGGAAUGGCUCGGAGAACGCUUGCAUCCAAGUAUGAAGCAUAUGACGCGGCCACCUCGGUGCAACGACAGAUCCUCUGCUACAACAAGGACGCAAAGGAAAUCUACUAUGAUGUCGAUCCUGUCGAAGAGGAAGCCGAGGCACCAGUAGCCAGCACUCCGGCUUCGACUCCUUCAGCCUCAGCCCCUGUUGCCGCUGCGACUGCCGCUCCUCCUCCUCCGAGUGCUGGCCCAGCUGCGGCCGUCGAAGAUGCCCCGAUCACUGCCGUUGACGUUCUCAGGACAUUAGUUGCACAGAAGUUGAAGAAAGGCUUGUCGGAUGUCCCUCUUAGCAAAGCAAUCAAAGACUUGGUCGGAGGUAAAUCUACAUUACAGAACGAGAUUCUCGGAGACUUGGGCAAGGAGUUUGGAUCUACACCAGAGAAGCCCGAGGAUACACCCUUGGAUGAGCUAGGUGCCUCGAUGCAGGCGACCUUCAAUGGCCAGUUGGGCAAGCAGUCGUCAUCUCUCAUCGCUCGUCUGGUCUCUUCGAAGAUGCCCGGAGGAUUCAACAUUACCGCUGUUCGUAAAUAUCUUGAGACGAGGUGGGGUCUGGGGUCGGGCAGACAGGAUGGCGUUCUCCUGCUUGCCUUGACAAUGGAGCCCCCGUCUCGUAUUGGAUCUGAGGCGGAUGCCAAGGCGUAUUUGGAUGACGUGACCAACAAGUAUGCUGCCAGUGCAGGCAUUAGUCUCUCGGCGCCCACAGCUGGCGGCGACAGUGGUGCUGCUGGUGGCGGCAUGCUUAUGGAUCCAGCCGCGAUCGAUGCUUUGACCAAAGAUCAACGCGCACUCUUCAAACAGCAGCUUGAAAUCAUUGCGCGCUACUUGAAGAUGGACCUACGCGCUGGUCAAAAGGCUUUCAUCACUUCUCAGGAAACCGAGAAAGCUCUGCAAGCGCAGCUGGAUCUCUGGCAGGCGGAACAUGGCGACUUCUACGCGUCUGGCAUUGAACCAGCGUUUGAUCACCUCAAGGCCCGUGUUUAUGAUUCGUCUUGGAACUGGGCUCGCCAGGAUGCAUUGAGCAUGUAUUACGACAUCAUCUUCGGAAGACUCAAGGUUGUCGAUCGCGAAAUCGUCAGCCAGUGUAUUCGUAUCAUGAACCGCUCCAACCCGCUUCUCCUUGACUUCAUGCAAUACCAUAUCGACAAUUGUCCCACCGAUCGCGGAGAGACGUAUUACCUGGCGAAGGAGCUCGGUCAACAACUUAUCGAGAACUGCAAAGAAGUCCUUGGAGUCGCCCCGGUUUACAAAGAUGUCGCCGUCCCCACCGGCCCUCAGACAACCAUCGAUGCUCGAGGCAAUAUUGGGUACAAGGAAGAGCCUCGGGCAAGCGCUCGGAAGCUGGAGCACUACGUCAAGCAGAUGGCUGACGGUGGUCCUAUCUCAGAGUACAGCAACCGGACCAAGGUGCAGAACGAUCUCAAGAGUGUCUACAAGCUGAUCCGCAAGCAACAUCGCAUGUCCAAAGCGUCUCAACUUCAGUUCAACGCGCUUUACAAGGACGUCGUUCGUGCUCUGAGCAUGAACGAGAACCAAAUCAUGCCACAGGAGAGUGGUCAGGGCAAGAAAGCCGGCCGGGGUGGUGUCAAGCGCAAUGGUGCCCCUCAAGUUGGCAAAGUGGAGACGAUACCCUUUUUGCAUCUUAAGAAGAAGCAUGAGCAUGGCUGGGAAUACAACAAGAAGCUCACAGGUAUCUAUUUGGAUGUUCUCGAGUCCGCUGCACGGUCGGGUCUCACCUUCCAGGGAAAGAACGUUCUGAUGACCGGUGCUGGUGCUGGCUCCAUCGGAGCCGAGGUUCUGCAAGGUCUGAUCAGUGGCGGUGCCAAGGUGGUUGUCACGACAAGCCGGUACUCCCGGGAGGUCACUGAAUACUACCAGGCUAUGUAUGCCCGUUAUGGUGCACGCGGCUCGCAACUCGUCGUGGUGCCGUUCAACCAGGGCAGCAAGCAAGAUGUGGAAGCGUUGGUCGACUACAUCUAUGAUACGAAGAAGGGCCUCGGCUGGGAUCUGGACUUUGUCGUACCCUUCGCGGCCAUUCCAGAGAAUGGUCGGGAGAUCGACUCGAUUGACUCCAAGUCUGAACUUGCCCAUCGUAUCAUGUUAACCAACUUGCUGCGACUCCUGGGUUGCAUCAAGAGCCAGAAACAGAGCCAUGGCUUCGAGACGCGGCCAGCCCAGGUAAUCCUUCCCCUUUCUCCUAACCACGGCACAUUCGGCAAUGAUGGUCUCUACUCCGAGUCCAAGCUUGCCCUUGAGACUCUCUUCAAUCGCUGGUACUCGGAGAAUUGGAGCAACUAUCUUACCAUCUGCGGUGCCGUCAUCGGAUGGACUCGAGGCACCGGUUUGAUGAGCGGUAACAAUAUGGUCGCGGAAGGCGUGGAGAAACUUGGAGUUCGCACGUUUUCGCAACAAGAAAUGGCAUUCAAUCUACUUGGCCUCAUGGCACCCGCAGUCGUCAACCUUUGCCAGCUUGACCCUGUCUGGGCUGAUCUCAACGGUGGCCUCCAGUUCAUCCCAGAUCUGAAGAGCCUUAUGACCAAGCUCCGAACGGACAUCAUGGAGACCAGUGAUGUUCGUCAAGCGGUGAUCAAGGAAACCGCGAUUGAGAAUAAGAUUGUCAACGGGGAGGACAGCGAAGUACUUUAUAAGAAGGUGAUCGCAGAGCCCCGUGCGAACAUCAAGUUCCAGUUCCCCACUCUGCCUGACUGGGAGAACGACGUCAAGCCUCUGAACGAGUCUCUCAAGGGCAUGGUCAAUCUCGACAAGGUGGUGGUUGUGACAGGUUUUGCAGAAGUUGGACCCUGGGGUAACUCGCGCACCCGUUGGGAAAUGGAAGCCUAUGGCAAAUUCUCACUGGAGGGCUGUGUUGAGAUGGCUUGGAUCAUGGGCCUGAUCAAACACCACAAUGGUCCUCUAAAGGGCAAGGCUUAUUCUGGGUGGGUCGACGCGAAGUCUGGCGAGCCAGUCGAUGACAAAGAUAUUAAAGCCAAAUACGAAAAGCAUAUUCUGGAGCACUCUGGCAUACGACUCAUUGAGCCGGAGCUCUUCAAGGGCUAUGACCCGAAAAAGAAGCAACUUCUUCAAGAGAUUGUCAUCCAGGAGGACCUCGAGCCUUUCGAAGCUUCCAGAGAAACUGCGGAGGAGUUCAAGCGCGAGCAUGGCGAUAAGGUUGAAAUUUUCGAGCUCCCUGAAUCUGGGGAAUUCACUGUUCGUCUUAAGAAGGGAGCCACCCUUCUGAUUCCCAAGGCUCUGCAGUUUGAUCGCCUCGUGGCCGGUCAGAUCCCCACUGGAUGGGACGCAAAACGAUACGGCAUUCCUGACGACAUCAUUGAGCAGGUUGAUCCGGUCACCUUGUUUGUGCUUGUUUGCACGGCUGAAGCCAUGCUGUCGGCCGGUGUCACCGAUCCUUAUGAGUUCUACAAAUAUGUCCACCUGUCUGAAGUUGGUAACUGUAUCGGUUCAGGUAUCGGUGGCACCCACGCCCUCCGAGGAAUGUACAAGGAUCGCUAUCUUGACAAACCGCUCCAGAAGGAUAUCCUGCAGGAGUCUUUCAUCAACACAAUGAGCGCUUGGGUCAAUAUGUUGCUUCUUUCCUCCACUGGCCCAAUCAAGACACCCGUCGGAGCCUGUGCUACCGCUGUGGAGUCCGUCGACAUUGGUUAUGAAACGAUCGUGGAAGGCAAGGCCCGUGUCUGCUUUGUUGGUGGUUUCGAUGACUUCCAAGAGGAAGGAUCGUAUGAAUUCGCGAACAUGAAGGCCACCAGCAAUGCAGAGGAUGAAUUUGCUCACGGUCGUACCCCACAAGAAAUGUCCCGACCCACAACUACUACGCGUGCUGGGUUCAUGGAGUCGCAGGGUUGCGGUAUGCAGCUCAUCAUGAGUGCGCAGCUUGCCCUGGAUAUGGGUGUGCCGAUCUAUGGUGUCAUUGCCCUCACUACGACCGCAACAGACAAGAUCGGUCGCUCGGUCCCCGCUCCUGGCCAAGGUGUUCUGACCACUGCCCGAGAGAACCCAGGCAAAUACCCGUCGCCAUUGUUGGACAUCAAGUAUCGUCGCCGACAGCUGGACCUGCGCAGGAAGCAGAUCAAGGAAUGGCAUGAGUCGGAGCUCCUGUAUCUCCAGGAAGAAAUUGAAGCCAUGAAGGCCCAAGGCCUUGAAUCAUCUGAGGUGGCUGAAUACACACAGGAACGUGCCCGCCACAUUGAGCGUGAGGCCAUUCGACAGGAGAAGGAUGCCCAAUUUAGUCUGGGUAAUAACUUCUGGAAGCAAGAUUCUCGCAUUGCGCCCCUCCGCGGUGCACUUGCCACUUGGGGUCUUACGGUCGACGAUGUCGGUGUGGCUUCGUUCCACGGCACUUCCACAGUUGCGAAUGACAAGAAUGAGUCCGACGUUAUUUGCCAGCAGAUGAAGCAUCUGGGCCGUCAGAAGGGCAACGCCCUUCUGGGAAUUUUCCAGAAGUACCUUACCGGCCAUCCCAAGGGUGCCGCCGGCGCAUGGAUGUUCAACGGUUGUCUGCAGGUUCUGGACAGUGGUCUGGUACCUGGCAACCGGAAUGCAGACAACGUGGAUAAGGUCAUGGAGAAAUUCGAUUAUAUCGUUUAUCCCAGCCGCAGCAUCCAGACCGAUGGCAUCAAAGCAUUUUCGGUCACGUCUUUCGGUUUCGGCCAGAAAGGUGCCCAGGUCAUCGGUAUCCACCCCAAGUAUCUCUAUGCAACCCUGGAUCGGGCUCAGUUCGAGGCCUACAAGACGAAGGUCGAAGCGAGACAGAAGAAGGCUUACCGUUUCUUCCAUAACGGCUUGAUCAACAACAGCAUCUUCGUUGCUAAAAAUAAGGCACCUUACGAAGAUAAAAUCCAAAGCAAAGUCUUCCUGAAUCCCGACUACCGCGUAGCCGUUGAUAAGAAGACCUCGGAGCUCAAAUUCCCGUCGGCGCCGCCCAAGGCGAGUGACCAAGAUUCUCAGAGCACCAAGCAGAUGGUUGAGUCCCUCGCGAGAGCCCAUGCCGAAGAGAAUUCUAAGGUCGGUGUCGACGUGGAAAAUAUCGAUGCAGUCAACAUCGAGAACGAAACCUUUAUUGAAAGGAAUUUCACCGUCAGCGAGCAGGAGUAUUGUCGCAAGGCCCCCUCGCCCCGGUCAUCCUUCGCCGGACGUUGGAGCGCAAAGGAGGCUGUUUUCAAGUCCUUGGGUGUGUCCAGCAAGGGUGCCGGCGCCCCCCUGAAAGACAUUGAGAUCUUGACCGAUGCCCAUGGUGCUCCUGUGGUCAAUCUUCACGGUGCUGCGGCCGAGGCUGCCAAGCAAGCUGGUGUGAAACAAGUGAGUGUCAGCAUCAGCCACAGUGAUUCUCAAGCUGUGGCGGUUGCUGUUUCGAAGUUCUAA